UAUGAAAUAAAAUAAGUGAUUAAAAGCAAACUUAUCAACUAGAAACAUAUUUAGUAUUUCGAUAUGUAAAAACGAUGAAAAAAUCUGUUCCAAUGUCCUGCAUAUUGUCAUAAAUCAUAAGAUAUUAAAGGGACAAUAAAGACCCAGAGAAUUUAAACGUCCACUACAUUGAGAGCUCAGUUGUGAAACUACUAAACCCUCGUCUUUCUAACUGCUGGAAAUCCUUAAAGCUCAGGUGGAGUAAAUAACAGAAGAAAUGUGACGGUGCCACAGGUCGUGUUAGUCCGUCAUACAGUGGAUGAACUAUGGUUGUGUAAAGCUUGUUUGUCACCUCGCUUCACACUCAGAAAUCCUUCUACAAUUAGAUUAAAUGAGUCCUCACUGAUCCUCGUGAGGAAACGAGGAUCCAGCAGAGAAAAAGAGGAUCUCAUAAUGUCAGCGGGUGGGUUAAAUUAAUGUUGGAAGUGUUGAGAGGCACAGAAACAGAAAAUAAACGUGACUUUCAAUAUGCAGCAAUGAUAUCUGAAGUGUGAGAGAGUUCAGAGAGAGAUGGAACACUGAUCUUCAUGUUCCGACAUUCCUCUGUGUUUAAUGUCUCCUCUUUCAACCUGCUGCCGUGCUUGUCGUUGUCGAGCGGAUGAAGUCUCAAAGUUAUCGGCGUCAGUCGGCUCCGUCUCUGGUCUUCACCAAAGCUCUCACCAGGUCCAAGACCGUCUCCAGAGAGAGCUUCCUGCUUCCGCUGUGUCCAGAGACGUGUCCGUUGGUGCAGUCCUUCCUCGCCGCCUCUGAUAGGUCCUUUCUUCUCCACGCACACGCUCAGUUGAAGACGGGGAUGCAGACUCAGGACAGACACCUCUUCCUGUUUGAUGACCUCCUGGUUAUCGCCAAAGCAAAGUCAGCCAACCACUUCAAGCAGAAGGCCCAGGUGCGUGUGUGUGACAUGUGGACGGCGAGCUGCAUGGACGAGGUGUGUGAGGGCAGCACCAACCCUGAGAGGAGCUUCGUCAUGGGCUGGCCCACCUGCAACUGUGGUGCUAUGUUUAGCUCAGCAGAACAGAAGGAGAGAUGGCUCUCCCUCCUCAAAAGUCGGAUAAAAGAGGAGAAAGAGAAGGAGGAGCCUAAAACCAUUCCAAUGAGAGUGUACGGGAAGGGAAUCAACUCCUUCGCUGUUACCAAGACGCUUCCUGUCAGCAACUCAGACUCAACCAAUGAGGUGAUCCGACUGGCUCUGCAGCAGUUCAGCAUCAUCGGGAAUGUGAAAGACUAUCAGCUGUGGGUCAUCUCGAAGAGGGACAACACUCCCUAUCCUCUGAUAGGUCAUGAGUUUCCAUUCAGCAUCCAGAUGAGUCACGUGAGAUGCUCGGUGUCUCAGGGAGGCAGGGACGCCUCGGCACCAGCUGCGGACAGACAGAGGGCGCUGCAGGCGGAGCAGCUGCAGGUGAGCAAGCAGUGCCAGUUCAUCCUGAAGCCUCGACCCACGGAAACGCUGCAGCAAGUAUCUGCAGACUUGUUUCAGAAGCCGUUUAAAAGGAGGCGGUCCCUCAUCACCUGGGCGUUCUGGCGAGGCUCCUCCUCCCACCUCAAUGAGCUGUCACUUGCGCCACGUGGCUUCCUGUUCGGACAGCCACUCAGCGCUGUUUGUGUAGAGGACGCUCUGCCGAAGCCGGUCAUGGACAUGUUGGCGUUCCUGUACCACGAGGGUUCGUGGACACGGGGGAUCUUCCGGCGGCCGGCGGGGGCUCGGGCGGUCAGGGAGCUGCGGGACACUCUGGACGCCGGAGAGUUUCAACUUCCUCUGACACGCGACCACGUCUUCAUCAUAGCCGGAGUCUUUAAGGAUUUCCUGCGCAGCAUCCCGGGCAGCUUGCUGUGUUCUGAACUACAUGAAGAAUGGAUGGAUGUUCUGGAGGAAGAGGAGGAGGAGGAAGAACGUGUGCAGGACAUACAGAGGAUGAUCUGUCGCCUGCCCAAAGGAAACGCCCUGCUGCUACGCCACCUGUUGGCCGUGCUGCACGGCAUCGAGGGGAACGCUCACGAGAACCAAAUGACGAGUUUCAAUUUAUCGGUGUGCAUCGCUCCCAGCAUGCUUUGGCCUCCCGGAGUACCUUGUAGUCCUGAAGUGGAAGGAGAGGGAGCUAAGAAGGUGUGUGAACUGGUGAAGUUCAUGAUAGAACACUGUCAGCAGAUCCUAGGAGAGGACCCCACCUCUCUGUUUGGAGGGCUGCCACAGAAGCUCAACACUGACGAGCUGGGAUCAGAGUCCUGGAAGUACCCUCCGACCGACUCGUCCUACGACAGUCUGGAGAACUUGUUGGACAACAGCAGCGGAGGGUCGCCCGGUCUCUGCAGCCGAAUGCAGCUUCGAUCCAAAGCUCUGCAGGGCAGCCUGGACUCCAUCCUCACGUUCAGCGACUACGACCAAGACACAGACCCGGAUACACACCACGAUACACACCACACCCAAGCAGACAGCCCACUUGGUCUGAAGCUAAACCCGCUGCGGAGAUCAAGAGGCCGGAGACGGGACCCACACCUCUCCAGCCCCACCCAGGACUCACCGACCAUGGACGCCUCCUCCACCCUGGACUCCCUGUCCCUGGAUGGACGGCACAGACAGAGGCGGCGCUCGGAGCCGGCAAUCGCAUACAUGACCAAGUUCCGGCCGUGUGUCUCAGGGAGUACCGACGGUCUCACUGGUGAGGAUGAGGAAGAUGAAGAAGAGCCUUUAAAGAAGCCAAGCAUUCACACACUCGCUCACACACACUCUGGAGGCGAGCUGAACCUUCAUGGAGGAGCUCUGGGAGCCAGCUCCUCCAGCCUCUCCUCUACCGCCACCUCCCCUGCACCCACACGCUCCUCACUGGAUUCCCUUGACUCCCUAAGCAGUGACCACUGUGCAGCCAGACGGGGGAUUCACCCGUCCACACCAUGCCUGCCCUCCAACGAUACCUCUGCAUCGCUUUCCACCAGCGUCGGCUCCACUCUGACCUCGAACGAGUCUCCGGAGCUGGAGACAAUUCCCAAAGGCUCCCCACCCAGAGAAGCACUCAGCUGGGGGACUUUAAGAGGUUGCAGGGGCCUCCACCCAAAUUCCUGGCUGAGGAAAGACCGGAGACUGUCACUGACCCAACAAGACAACUUAGAAAAAGAAGACGAGGACAAGACUGGGGAAGGAUCCACCGAUAUGUCGCUCAAACUUGGCAAACUCGUCCCAGAGAAAGGAAAAGCAGGCGAGAGGGGAGGAGGAAAACUGGUCUCCAGCAGCCAACAGAAGCCCAAAGUGUCCUGCAAAGAUACAGGAGGAGGAGGACGUGUUAAACAGGACUCAUCCAGCCCCCCAUCACACCACCGCUCUACAGGGAACCUCCACUUCCCUAAAUCUCCCUUAUUCCAUAGCUCCAGGAAGCUCAGCACCAGCCACGCCUCUACAGCCGGUGACAUAUCCAACCAGAGGAGUGCAGCUGAACGGGACGUGAGCGAGCUGAAGCAGCCGUCAACAUCUUUAUUUUACAAGCACGGCCCUCCAUCUCUGUCCCUGUUUAAGCGACACAAGACUCACUCCGUUAAGGGCGAGAGUAACACCAAGCUCCAUCAGCGCCGGGUGUCAGAGCCUGGACGACAGGUGGUGGAGCAAGCUGCCACCCUGGGCCGGGCGAGGCUGCCCAGCGACCCCGGACUGAAGGUGUCCGAGGUGGAUCCGCAGGGCGAGACGUCGGAGGCACGUUUCUGUGUCUCGCCCUGUGCCACCAAAGCGGUGAAGGACUACUUCUCCUCGCACCGGCGCAGCAACCCCCAGAGCAGCCAGCAGGUGGCACUCGCCCUGGUGGAGAGUCGCCGGGAGUGGCUGAAGAGAUGCAACGACCCCACGGCGGAGCCAGAUUUCGAGCAGCUUCUCUUUGCCGAAGAAUCCUACGUCUAAUUAAAUCAUGGACCGUAUUUAAAGAUGGACGACAUUACUGCUCCCUUAAGGUGAAGCCGAAGAGUCUAGAUUGCCACCUGGUGGCUGGCUGCAGUAUAGGUCAUAAAUCCAUGUCACAUUUGUGUUUUUCAGAAUAUAUCGGCUUCAUAUAUAGUUGAGACGUGUCGUCCAUCUUUAGAAACAGUCUAUGGAUUAAACCUGGAGGGAAAGUAGAUCAAAUAUCAAUACAACAUAAGAUGCUUUACUGCAGUGUAAUGAUGAUGAUACAGAAUCCUACAGCUGCUUUUCAAACACUCAUAUUCAACCCUUUCUAGUUUCAGUACAAUCCAGAGUUAAUAAGGUUUCUCAGUUAACUGUAGUUCAACUCUCCAGCUUACAGACGACUGCUUCAGUAGAGGCUAAAGCACAGGGGUUUAAGGCCUUUAGGCUUGAAUACACUGAGCUGGUUGCACAUACAUUACAUUUAAAUAUGUUUUACCUAUAACAGUAACUCUCUCCCUGCUUGCUGUUGAAGAACAAACAGGUGUAUGAUUAAGUAUAUAUACACACAUGUUAUCACUUAGCAAAGAGCGUUUUCCCAUCAAAAACAUUUAUCAACUAUUUUUCUGAUACGUCCUCAUGUCUGGAUUUGCAUGUGCAGAAAGAAUCCGUUUUAUUUUUUACUACAUCAGGCCAAAGUAAAAAACCUGCCAAUUUAAAAACGACCUGGUGUUGCCUUCUUUCAAUCCGAUUUCUGUUAGAGCAAAUAGCCAAAACAUUUUUUUUCAAGGAUUAACUUAUUAUUUCUCCAGAUCAAUGCACAGUUUCUCCUACAAAGAUCUUGAUACAAUACUUUUUUCACAUUACAUUACAAAAAUAAAGUGACUGUGUUCUCACCAUAUUAGGACUUGAUGUUUGUAAUAUUAUGACCUUGUUCUUGAAAUCUCUGAAUAUUUUCUUCAAUACUGCCCUAAUCCUCUGUUGUACAUAACCGAAGACGUGAUGGUAUAUAAUUAUACAUUUUAUUAAUAUCACUUGUAGAAUAAUUGCAGCCUGGGUAAGACGCGUGUGCACAGAACUUUGUCAGUACAAAUUGUCAGCUUAAAGGAUCUACACAUGUAUGUUUCACUUUGACACAAGUGGAGUUGUAGGUUAAGUUUGAUUAUUCACCAUUUACGCUUUUCAUAAAAAUUAUUAGAACUCUGCUUUAUUAUUCAUGUUGCUAUUUGCCAAAUGUUGUGUCAACAGCAGUGAACGGACUCGUCUAGAAGCCGCUGAAGUUUGCUCAUCAAGUGUAAACGUUCCUUUGUCUUUUCUACUCAAACAUUUCUAAUGCGUCUCAUUAUUACCAUGAGAACAUACAGGCUGUUGCAGAUAUUUUAGGUAUCUGGUUCUAUCUGUUGCCAACAAUGUUCUUUUCACAUUUUCAAGCCUGUAUUUAUUAAAAUGAAUCACACGCAUCUCGCCCUAAUGUUUCCAUUAUGAUUAAUGGGAGCAUUCAUGUUUUUUAAAGCUUAUAUUUUAAGCAGCUUAAAUAAAAGGUCUAUGCUUUAUGUUGUUGCCUCUGUACAGGAAUUGUUUCACUAUGUUUGUCCUCAGAAUUACUGAAGUUUAAAAUGCCUAAAAACUCUGCUUUUGCAAAUAAAAUGACAGACGAGUGAAAACCUGA